AUGCAGCCUCAAUCAUUCAAGCGGCAACCACCGCCACAGAUCUACGGUGCUGUGUCUUUUCCUGCUCCACAUGUCAUGCUGGUCGUGUUCAAUCGGCCCAAGGCCCUCAACUCUAUGACCAGUGCUGGUCAAUACGAACUCGAAUCUCUCUUCUCCUGGUAUGACAGUGAGCCAUCACUUCGCUGCGCAAUCAUCACAGGAGCUGGCCGUGCCUUCUGUGCCGGCAUGGACUUGAAAGAGUGGAACCAGUUGAACGCUCGUCGUGCUCGUGGGGAACUAGAGCAGCAGCCGAUGAUGCCGCGAUCAGGGUUCGGCGCUCUCUCCCGGCGUCAUGGAAAAAAGCCUAUCAUCGGCGCAAUUAACGGGUUAGCGUUUGGUGGAGGCAUGGAGAUCGUCGCAAAUUUGGAUCUUAUCAUUGCUGCACGGGGUGCACUCUUUGGCCUUCCAGAGGCUAAGCGAGGUGUGGUUGCAAUGGCGGGCUCGCUGCCGAGGUUGGCACGAACAAUUGGCCGCCCAAGGGCUACUGAGCUGGCUUUGACAGGGAAGAGUAUUACAGCUACGGAAGCAAAGGAGUGGGGCUUGAUCAAUUCCAUCACAGAAGAUGCAGCCGCUGACUGCACGGUGGUGGAGCGUCCGGUCGUCAAAGCGGCUUUGGACCUUGCGGCGAGUAUCGUGAACAAUAGUCCCGACAGUGUGAUUAUUAGUCGUGCUGGGAUCGUUGCUGGUUAUGAGGAUGGGAGUGCAGAGAAUGCUAGCCGUUUAUUGAGCGAGCAUUGGGAGUCUGCUCUUGACGACGGGGAGAAUUUGCAUGAAGGUGUACAAGCAUUCGCUGAAAAGCGGGCUCCUCGAUGGGUUGACAGCAAGCUUUAA